AUGGACGCCAACCUGAAAGAACACCCGCAACAAGCUCCGGUCCCUGCUACGGCGCCGGUAGCGGCCCAGAAAGCGGUUGCGAACUACAAGGGAUUCGUAGCCGGCGUGUUCUCGGGCAUCGCCAAGCUCACUGUCGGCCACCCCUUCGACACCAUCAAAGUCCGCCUCCAAACCACAGACAGCUCCCGCUUCUCCGGCCCGCUCCAAUGCGUCACCCAAACCAUCCGCAACGAAGGCAUUCUGGGCCUGUACAAGGGCGCCAGCCCUCCCUUGAUCGGCUGGAUGUUCAUGGACAGCGUCAUGCUCGGCUCUCUGACGGUCUACCGCCAGUUGCUGCGCGACAACCUCUUCAACCCGUCCUGGCACCCCUUGCACGACCCCUCCAGACCUUUACCUUCGCACGGCCACGGCCUGGCGGGAAUCCUGGCGGGCAUGACGGUCAGCUUCAUCGCGGCGCCGGUGGAGCACGUGAAGGCAAGGUUGCAGAUCCAGUACGCGGCGCGCAAGGAGGAGAGGAUGUACAAGGGCCCCAUUGACUGUUUGAAGAAGGUAUACACCCACCACGGCAUCAGGGGCGUGUAUCAUGGCUUGGGCGCGACCAUGUUGUUCCGCAGCUUCUUCUUUUUUUGGUGGGGCACGUAUGAUGUGUUUAGCAGGUGGAUGAAGGAUCACACCAAAAUGAGCACGCCGGCCGUCAACUUCUGGGCGGGCGGGUUGAGCGCGCAGGUAUUUUGGCUGACCAGCUACCCGAGCGAUGUCGUCAAGCAGCGGAUCAUGACGGAUAACCUGGGAGGAGGGAUAGGUGAUGGCGUCAGGAGGUUCCCGAGGUGGAGGGACGCCGCGGCCGCGGUUUACAAGGAGAAUGGCGUGAAGGGAUACUGGCGCGGGUUCUUGCCUUGCUUCUUGAGGGCGUUCCCGGCGAAUGCGAUGGCACUGUUGGUGUUUGAGGGCGUUAUGAGGUCCUUGCCUUAG